GGGGAGGAGGGAGAGACGACUCAGAAAGUGGAAUCUGCACAAGCAACCUAGCGGAGAAGAAAAACCCUGAAUUGUUAUAACUGCACCCCAGAUGCAACGCAAGCAACGACUUCCUCACACUAAAAUAGAUUUGGUGAGGGCCAAAAACAUUAAUUACGAAGCAGAAAUGAAUAUCAAACAACUUUCAGCGGUUUGCACCUAGAGAAAGACUAGAGGAACCCACUAUAAACAAACCAACCCAGCCCAAACAACGCCUCCAGUAGGAGAAGAGGAAAACUGCGACAACAGAGCCCCCCGGAGCAGAGACGAGACCAACACCCUGAAACUGUGGGGCGUCCGCUAACCUCUCAGUGUGCCACGGACCGAGGUGCACUUUGCUGCUCUCUGGACAUUAAUAACAUCCUUCCCCUUCCAUUUGGGGGAGGGAGAGGAGGAAGGCACCCACCUACAGUGAGUGAAGAAGUCCUGCCAGCGUGGGAGAGAAGUUUUAAGAAUGAACCACUGAAUGUUUAGAUUUUAUUUCUAAAUUUACUUGGGCACUUAAAACAUCUCCUUUCCAGAUUUCUGGGCAAUCUCGGCUGCAGACCUCUAAGCCUAACCUCUUGGUAAACUGAAUUUUUUCUCUCUCGCCCUCGAGAAUUUUUUCUUUCUGCCCUCCCCCCACCUCCAAUCUCUCUCGCACAGAGUCAUCUUUAUUUAACAUAUCAAGAGAAAACAAAAAAGUCCCAGCAGGUACUUUUCUUUUUCAAAAAACCACUUUUUUUUUUCUAAUUUUCUGCAGAAGAAAAACGGUUUCGAAAGAGGGGAAAGAAAAAGCAAAGCGGCUGUGGCAUCAGCCGGUCAGCCCAGGUGGAAAGCAAGAGCGAAAGUGCAGCUUAAGGGGCAGCGCACGCCUGUUUCGAAAGCCGCAGGGCCACCACCAGUGCGUGAGCCUUGGAUCCCUCAACGUACUGCGAGACGCCGGUGUACAGCCCGGACCUGUGCCCCAACAUGAUCGCCGCUCAGGCCAAGCUGGUCUACCAGCUCAAUAAAUACUACACGGAGCGCUGCCAGGCGCGCAAGGCGGCCAUCGCCAAGACCAUCCGAGAGGUCUGCAAGGUGGUCUCGGACGUGCUAAAGGAAGUGGAGGUGCAGGAGCCUCGCUUCAUCAGCUCUCUGAGCGAAAUCGAUGCCCGGUACGAGGGGCUCGAGGUCAUCUCGCCCACCGAAUUCGAAGUGGUGCUCUACCUAAACCAGAUGGGCGUCUUCAACUUCGUGGACGACGGCUCGCUCCCCGGCUGCGCGGUGCUCAAACUGAGCGAUGGGCGGAAGCGGAGCAUGUCGCUCUGGGUCGAGUUCAUCACAGCGUCUGGCUACCUCUCCGCACGCAAGAUCCGCUCGCGUUUCCAGACGCUGGUGGCCCAGGCGGUAGACAAGUGCAGUUACCGGGAUGUGGUCAAGAUGAUCGCCGAUACCAGCGAGGUCAAGCUGCGCAUCAGGGAGCGCUACGUGGUGCAGAUCACUCCGGCGUUCAAGUGCACCGGGAUCUGGCCUCGCAGCGCGGCACAGUGGCCUAUGCCCCACAUCCCCUGGCCCGGCCCCAAUCGGGUGGCGGAGGUCAAGGCCGAAGGGUUCAACUUGCUCUCGAAAGAGUGUUACUCGCUGACCGGCAAGCAGAGCUCAGCGGAGAGCGACGCCUGGGUACUGCAGUUCGGGGAGGCGGAGAACCGCCUGCUGAUGGGCGGCUGCCGAAACAAGUGUCUCUCUGUGCUGAAGACGCUGCGGGACCGUCACCUGGAGCUGCCGGGCCAGCCGCUCAAUAACUACCACAUGAAGACGCUGCUGCUGUACGAGUGCGAGAAACACCCGAGGGAAACGGACUGGGAUGAGGCGUGCCUGGGCGACCGGCUCAACGGCAUCCUGCUACAGCUCAUCUCCUGCCUGCAGUGUCGCCGCUGCCCGCACUACUUUCUGCCCAACCUCGACCUCUUUCAGGGCAAGCCACAUUCGGCCCUGGAGAGCGCUGCCAAGCAGACCUGGAGGUUGGCCAGGGAAAUUCUCACCAAUCCCAAAAGCCUGGACAAACUAUAGGGUGCUGGGGACUGCUUGAAAAGCGACACAAACGGGAGUGCUCUCUCACAGACACAACACACAACUCCGCGAUAAAAAGCAGAAACUCUGGACACAAACUUUUAUAUAAGUUACCUGAAACAAACAGGAAUCCAGCAGAAGACCUUCAUUAAGAAGCAAACAAAAAGAGAGCAAACCAACCCAAAAAGUCACAUUCUUGCACAAAAGUGAUCGUUUUCUUCCAAACAAUGUGAAUUUAAAAGGUCACACAAAAGAAGCAAUCGGGCUUUGCCACCACAAAAUGAAACCCAAGGUACAUUUUCAAAUCAAUGUAUAGUAGUUUCCCCCUUUUCCUUCUUUACCUCCCUCUCUCGCUCUCAUUUCUUUGUUCUUGGUUGCCUGAAUGUUGUCACCAAGUGAAAAAAUUAUUUAACUAUAUGUAAAAUUUCUCUUUUAAAAAAAGUUUUACUAAUGUUAAAUGUAUCUCAGUGCCAAUGUCAGACUGUGCCCCUCCUUCUCUUGCACCUCUAUCCUCACCCUAAGCAGUCUUGUUAAAAACAGUAAUAAAAAUAUUACUUUACAUU